UUCACAUUUUGUUCAAUGCCCAGAUGCAAAUCGAAAGUUCAACGUUGAUGAUAAUUUUCAAGAAAAAGAAGAGGUUCAUGAUAUAAGGCUAUAAAUAAUAAGGCAUGGCCAAAUUGGGAUCCACACAUAAAAAGGUUCACAUUUCCCCCAACUUUGACAAAGGUACUGCAAUACGCACACACGAUCCCAUAAUGGAAGAAUUAGAACCUCCCACUGUAAUCAUGGCUGCUCUCUCUGCCCUCUCUCCGCUGCAUCUCUCUGAUCUCUCCCACUCCAUCUUCUCCGACAUCCACCACCGCCGCCGCCGGCUCACCUUCAUCCUCUCCUCCCCCACCCUCUUCUCCCUCACUCUCCGCCACCUCAAUUCCCUCUCCCUCUCCCACAAAUCUCUCCUCAUUGCCCGCUUCCUCCUCUCCGCCCUCCGCCGCCUCUGCCACCCCUUCCAGCCGCCGGCCAAGUCCCUUCCCCAGCACCCCUCCACCGCCGCCAUCACGCCGCGGGACCUCGACGCCGCCGUCCUCCUCCUCCUCCUCUGCGAGGUCCGGCAGCACAAUCCGGCCGCCCUCGAGACGCCGCUGCCCAAAUGGCGUGCGGCUCUCUGCAGAAUCUACUCCGAUUCCAUCUUGUCGAUCUCCGGCAUCAUCUCCGGCGGCGGUGCGGUAAUGGUUCCGUACGUUGAGACGGUGGCGAGGUGCUGGAAGUUCGUGGGGUUUGUCGGAAGCUGCGGCGGGAAGGGGAAGAGGGAGGUGGCGGCCUCUCCGGUGGCGGUGGUGGAGCUGCCGUCGGUGGCGGCGGCGGCGGCGGUGGAAUGUGUGAUUUGUAAGGAGGAGAUGGGGGAAGGGAGAGACGCGUGUCAGCUGCCUUGUGAACACUUAUUCCAUUGGCUCUGUAUUCUGCCAUGGCUCAGGAAGAGGAACACGUGUCCCUGUUGCAGGUUUCAGCUGCCCACCGAUGAUGUUUUCGCUGAGAUCCAACGGCUCUGGGAGAUCCUCCUCAAGUUGGGCUCCACCAUCACUACAUCCGAUGGAGAUUAACGUCCACGAUUGAACAGUCCCAUGGAGUUACUCUAGAACCGAACGUAGGGGAUGAAGUUGACACGUGCGGAGGAAACUAGAGGCGUGUGGCUGUGGCUGGUGGCCUUUGAUAGAGACACGUGUGGUUCACCUUAGGAAGAAAAUGAUAAACCAAGUUUGUAUUUAUGAUUUUUUAGGGCUUAGGAAUUGAGGGAAGAUUUUUUCUUUUGUAAAUAAGUAUUUGUAUAUUUUCAUAUAGAUUAAUACAUUUACCUUGCUUGUCGAUUA